AGUUCCUUCAGUUGGCAAAUUCAACUUGGAAAUUCAAACAAUUUCAAAUCUCUCAUGAUUGUAUUUUUUCGUAAAAAAAACGUGCACAUUGUUAAAGUAAACAACAAGAGAUAUUUCGUUGAUUUAUUCCUGUGAAAGUGAAUGAAAAUUAUGCUGGACUUCCUAAAUUCAUUUAAGUCUCUAAUUAAAUUAGAGACAAUUCACACUGACAACAACAUCUUCAAGUUACACUACAGAUUCACUGUGAUCAUGUUGAUUGUGUUCUCCAUUCUAAUCACUUCCAAGCAAUAUUUCGGUGAUCCAAUUAACUGUGAUGUCGAACAUGAUCGAAAAAGUGUAGUUGACACCUACUGUUGGAUAUUCGGAACGUUCCGUAUUAAAUCAACCGUAGCAGAAUCGAUUUGGCCGGGGCUGGGCAAUUACGUCGAUAUGAGACAUGCGGGAAACGCCUGGAAGGAGAUUAUGAAAAGUAGCGAGCUCGACGACGUGAUAAUAUCGCAGAAGUACUACCAGUGGAUCUGCAUUGUUCUGUGCUUUCAAGCGUUACUAUUCUAUACACCUCGUUAUCUGUGGAAGACCUGGGAGGGUGGACGGUUACGCUUGCUCGUCAAAGAUUUAGGCUCUCCGCUGGUAUCGGCGUCGUGGACUGGAGAAUCUAAGGAUAAACUUGUCGGCUACGUACUUGCUGGCAAGUACUCCCAUAAUUUGUACUGCCUCCGAUUUACCGCAUGUGAAAUACUGAACUUUGUCAACGUUAUCGGUCAGAUUUUGCUGAUGGAUUGGCUACUGAGCUAUCAGUUUUCCGAUUACGGCUUAAGCCUACUGACGACUAACGCCUUUGAAACCAUGAAUCGCGUAUUCCCCAAGCUGACCAAGUGCACCUACGGCAAAUUUGGCCCGAGUGGCAGCGUGGAGACACGUGACGCCCUCUGCAUUCUGCCUAUUAAUGUUGUUAAUGAGAAGUUAUUUAUUUUUAUUUGGCUUUGGUUCUACUUGCUUACUCUAUUAUCGGCUUUCGCUAUAAUAUACCGUGUGUUGAUGAUAUGUGUACCCCAAGUUCGAGUGUACUUGUUAAUGGCACAAGCACGGUACAUAUCAAGGAGCCAUGCCGAGGCUAUCGUUAGACGUCUGACAUAUGGUGAUUAUUUUCUUGUGUAUCAGAUGGGGAAAAAUUUAAAUCCCUUGGUCUACAAAGAUUUAAUUGAUGGUAUUGGAAGUGUUCUUAAAGGGAGUAAACCUUACAAUCCCGAGGUUACAUUUCCUAUUUAAUCUCUUCAGGUUUUUUUGAUACUUAGAUUAUAAGUAUACUUAUUUUUGUACUUAAAUUAUGAAAGUAGAUCUCAAUAAAACUUUUGUAUUUCUCU